AUGAUCAUGAACAAGUUUCGGGCAUUGGUCCCAGUGCUGAUGUUCAUUCACUACAAUUCUGUCAGUUCCUUCUCACUUGCUCGAUACCCUCAAAUCGCAAAAAAUCAAAGAGCAUCAGUCUUCCCCUUGAAUCAGGAGCAGCGCAACGACGACAACGCAAAUUCGAAGGAAUCUGAGGAUGAUGAUGUUAAUGAUGAUGUUAAUGGUGCUAAUAAUGACGACAUCAAACUUGAAAAUGACUUUGAUGUGGAUCAAGAAAUCAAAGAUAGAAUCUCAUUAAUAAGGCAGCAGUCACCAAUGAGCUCCCAAGGGGAUCAUAGUAGCACAAAGAAUGACUCUGACUCGAAAGAAGACGUCGCAGCAGGAGCCGUCGUUCCAUUGCCAGAACCGAACACCGGUGCCUCCCAUAUGAUAUCCGAAAAAGAGGAAGCUUCAUUCCGCAAACAAGAGCGAGAAUUACUCUAUGAGCUCUUAAAAGGAGAUGCUGCUGUAGCCAAACUGCGUCGGCUAUGGUUUUCCGAACGAGGUCCAGAAGUGGAGGCACAACUUCACGUUGCGGAGGCUUGCAUUGGCAAGGGCUCGCCAGAAGAUUGGGCCAAGGCGGAACUGGUCCUGUUGGGUUUAGUGGCCAAGGAUCCCACUUUUUUGGAACCCUUUGUCCGACUUUCCAAGUUGUACACCUUGCAAGGGCGCUUUGCCGACUCGCACCAAAUAUGUUUGGCGUUGGUGGAUUUAUGUCCGUGGCACUAUGUGUUAUUGGAAACCAUGGUGGUCAAUACCAUGGUGCUAGAACAUAAUCAAGACUUGAAAUCAUGGGCAUCCAAACGACUGCCACCUCCUUCGCAUACGGAAAAGCGAUCGGCGUGGGUGAAACAGGCGAUUGCCGAUUCCAUUCGAUUGGAGGAGGAAUCGUCAUUGCUUAGGAUGGAACACAAGAGGAGACAGAAUGGACAAGAGGACAAUUUGGAGUCAGACGGGUCCAAACGAAGUGAUGAUAAUCAAAGUCAAGAUUGGCAAUGA